AAAAAUCUUACUCACCAAUGUAAUCCACGUUAUAGUAUCAUAAUAUACACUUGUUUAAAAUUUUGGAACAUCGUAGGUGUGUUCGAAUAAUAAUUAUCACUAUAAAUGUACCUAGUAUUAUACCCGACAAAAAAGAAAUGCACCACCCUUCAAAUUGAAAUUCGAAUAUAAAAUGUAUAAUAUGAAAUGUAUAAUAAUAAAAAUAUCUGAUAAGAUAAAUAUGUCACCAUCAAAAUAUUUUAUUUUCAGUUUAGCUGAGAGUACUAAAAAGAAAAUUAAGUGGGCAUAUAACCUUUUCAACACAUGGAAAACACAAAGAAAUGCCAUAGCCGUAGCUGAUCUCAGUCUUAAUAUAAGUAUUAUUUCACCAGAUCUAGAAGUGAUGACAAAGGAUGAAUUGUGUUUUGCUCUUUCUAGGUUCAUCUGUGAGAUCAAAAAAGAAAACGGAGAAGAAUAUCCCGGUCAAACCCUUUACGAAAUUUUAAUAAACAUACAGUUAUAUUUAGAGGGAAAGGGGAAAUAUUUCAAAUUUCUAAACGAAGAUUGUUUUAUCCAAAUAAAGAAUACACUCGAUCACACUAUGAAAGAACGAGCGAGAUCUGGUUUAGGAACUCACAAGAAAAAAGCACAGGAAAUUACUUACGACGAAGAAAACAUGCUAUGGGAGAAAGGAAUUCUAGGAAAUACUACUCCGCAAAAGCUCCUUGAUACGACUAUUUAUUUAUUUGGUUUAAAUUUUGCUCUUCGUGCUGGAAAGGAGCAUCGAGAUCUAAGAUGGGAAAACAGUCAAAUAUCAGAGCACACGGAUACAAAUGGUGACUCCUACCUUGUAUACAGAGAGGAUGUUUCCAAGUCAAACCAAGGCGGACUGAAAUCGCGGAAGUGCAAGCAAAAAGUGGUUUUUGCUUAUGAGAACAAAGACAAUCCUGACAGAUGUAUUGUAAAAUUUUAUAGAGACUACAUAUCUCAUUGCCCAGAAAAAAGACCAAAAAAUGCCUUUUACUUGAAACCCAUACCAAAAUCGACUGGACAAGUUUGGUUUGCUGCUAUGCCCGUGGGUAUAAAUAUGCUGACAGCAACAAUUGCAGGGUAUAAAGGUACCACAUUGGAUACCUUUAUGGAUUAA